AAUGGCACAAAAUCCUGCCAUCAUCGAAGUGGCUGAGAAUCCAGAGGAAAUCAAAAAGAAAAUCAAAGCCUUACCAUUGAAAGAGAAGCUGAAAGCAGUGGCAUUGAAUUAUUACUUACAAUAGAAAAAGAAAUUGGAUAUUGAAUUAGAGAAGGAAAUGAAAAAACUUUAAAUUCAAUUUGAUGAAAAGGCAGCAAAAAUAUAUAAAGCAGUAGAUAUGAUGAAAUAUCAGAUAGUCAAAUGAAAUUAUUGAAGGGACUCGUUUGCUUACAGAAGAAGAAUUAAAGGAUGUUGAUUUUUAUCUGGAAGGAGAGGAAGCAACAUAGAAGAAUUAGGCUUUGACAGCUGAACCAAUAAAUGGAUAUUGGUUUAAAGCACUAAAGAAUUCAGAUAUCAUAGCAUAAGAAAUUAAAGACAGAGAUGAUCCAAUUUUAAAAUCUCUAACAAAAAUUGAAUAUGAACCAUAAGAGAAGAGUGACAAUUUUUCAUUAAAUUUUUAUUUUGCACCUAAUGAUUACUUUAAAAAUUCAGUGUUGAAGAAAAAGUUUAUAUUGAAAGGUUUAAAUUAUUGAUUAACGUUUGAAGAUGGUGAAAAUCCUGUUAAAAGUGAAGGUACGAUUAUAGAAUGGAAUGAUGGCAAGAAUGUGACAAGAAAAUUGAUAAAGAAAAAACAAUUAGAAAAGAAGAGUGGUAUAGUAAAGACGAUUUCUCAGGAAGUGGAUGCAGAAAGCUUUUUUAUUUUCUUUAAACCAAUAAAUUUAGAAGAUAAAGAACAAAUAGAAAAAUGGGUAUAAGAAAAUAAAUUGGAUAAAUAUGCAGAACGUAUGGAUAUAGAUUAUGAUAUUGCUCGUAUGAUAAUUGAUGAAAUUAUUCCAUAUUCAUUAGAGUAUUAUUUAGGAGUUAAAAUUAAUGAUGCCUUUGAUGAUAUUGAAGAAGUGGAUGCAGAAUCAUCUAAAGGUAGUGAUGAAGAAGAAGAAAACAAAUGAG